GGGCGCGGGGGAUGCCCGGUGGGAGGCGCGGUGCCCGGCGGUGAGCCCUGGCUCCGGGACCCGGGGGCUUUGCUCCAGACCGGGAGGGGAGCGGGUCCUGCUUCCCCACCGGGAGAGGAGACAGAGCUGGGACUCUGUUCGGGGGUGGGGGUCAGGCCGUGGACUCGUGGGUCACUUGCGGGGAGAGAGGCAGAACGGGUUAAUUCCCAGCAUCUUUGCUGAAUCACUGUGAUCCGGGGGAGAGUUCUUUUACCACGAUCUCGUUGACUCUUCUGGGAUGGAAACGGGCACUUCCCGGCUCCUCCUGAAGCCCUGGACCCCACUCUGGGCUUUCAGGGGAGAUUUUUGUCCCGUGCUGCUGUCACUCCUUGGUCCAUAUGUGUGCUAAGCCCCAUCUGUGUGCAGGGAGACUCGGUGUUUCUGACACCUGCCUGCCACCUAAACUGUUCAGAGACAUGUUUCCUCAAUGGAAAAACACUGGUUAAUAUCACAGAAGCCAAGUACAUGGACAAACCCCAAUUAUUACCACAGGUACUGGAAGCCUGAGUGCCCUGGGUUGCUUCAGCAGGACCAAGCUGGUUAUUGAAAUCCUCCUUUGGGUCUCUUAUAGGAGGACCAAAGUCAUACUGGGUUGUGGGCUCUUCCAACAAGAAGCAAUUGAAAUAAAGCUUUGGAAUCAGGACUUAAAACAGGAUGUCAUAGAGCUCCUUAGGGAAGGAAUGGAAACUUUGGAUGUCAUAGAGCUCCUUAGGGAAGGAAUGGAAACUUUAGGAACUUGGAAUUUAUAGUGAAGCAAUUAAACAUAAAGGAGUGAAAAUGUUGAGUGGCUAGCGUGAGCGUUUUUCCAUCCUGCUUGAGGUAAAGACUGAGUAUUAGUAAAAAGCAACCCAAGAAAAGCAAGAGCUAAGUUAACUUCUAAUAAACUGCAUUAGUCAUGAUAAACUUGACAUGUGUAGAAGGUGGUAGGUGCUUUCUUUAGUAAAGCUGAUUUGCUGAAUUGCCAGAAGAUUUGGUAACUGGUUGUUUUGAGAACACUCCUCCUCACUCCCCUGGUUAGGGUGGCACAGAGCUGGAACUCGGGGUGCUCUGCAGACCAUCAGCUCACUGUAGUUUGGUGGAGGAGAACAGUCAGCACUGGUGCUGCUCAGUGUUUGUCAGUUCAGGGAGAUAAGAGGAGAGGAAUUGUGUAUCCUUUCAGCAGCCUUCUGUUAAACUUGGAAUACCACAGCUCAAGCACGUGAACAGAUGGAUAAUGGAGACUGGGGAUAUAUGAUGACUGAUCCAGUCACGCUAAAUGUGGGUGGACACAUGUAUACGACCUCCCUCACAACUCUAACGAGAUAUCCUGACUCAAUGCUCGGGGCCAUGUUCAGGGGAGACUUCCCCACUGCCAGGGACUCUCAGGGCAAUUACUUUAUUGACAGAGAUGGACCACUUUUCCGUUAUGUUCUUAACUUUUUAAGGACCUCAGAGCUCACUUUGCCACUGGACUUCAAGGAGUUUGACCUGCUCCGGAAGGAAGCAGACUUCUAUCAGAUUGAGCCCUUAAUUCAGUGUCUCAAUGACCCCAAGCCGCUGUAUCCUGUGGAUACCUUUGAGGAGGUGGUGGAGCUGUCCAGCACCCGGAAGCUUUCCAAGUACUCCAACCCGGUGGCUGUGAUCAUCACGCAGCUCACCAUCACGACGAAGGUCCACGCACUACUGGAAGGCAUUUCAAACCACUUCACCAAGUGGAACAAGCACAUGAUGGACACCAGGGACUGCCAGGUGUCCUUCACCUUUGGGCCAUGUGAUUACCACCAGGAAGUGUCGCUGCGAGUCCAUCUCAUGGAGUACAUCACCAAGCAAGGCUUCACGAUCAGAAACACCAGGGUCCAUCACAUGAGCGAGCGUGCCAAUGAAAACACAGUGGAACAUAACUGGACUUUCUGCAGACUGGCACGGAAAACAGAUGACUGAUUCUGACUCCACAGGAGCCACUUCAGUGAUUAGCAACUUAAUUGGACAGUGAACCCAAGAGAGUCUGGAUUUUGACUAAAGCAACAAUAUGGGCUUUUUUUAUACGACUAUUUAUUGUUUAUCAGUGAGGACUGGAGGAGUUUCAUUCUCUAGCAGCUCUGUUCUUUUGUCCAGUUCAGAAAAAAACCCGUGCAUGUGCCUGUUCAGUCAAGACACCUUUUUAUUUGAAAGAGGGAGUCCGAAGAAUCAGUACAAUAGGGUAUUUUGUGUCAUUAACACAAUUCUCUGACUCAACUCAAAGUGCUAAAAUUACCUCUUGUUUAAAUGGUUUCUAAUCCAUCUAAUGCUAUGACACUGGGAGCAAGAAACAAAAAAGAUUUUAAAAUGCAGUUGGGGAGAAGCUGCUAUUGUGUAGACUAAUUUAGUUUCUAAAUCAAUAAACAGUAUUGUAAUGUUCUAGGAAAACAAAGCCCACCCUUUAAAAGUACUUGAUAAGUACAGUUUCCUACAGUUAUGACAACUGUUUCUUUCUAUGCAUAUAAAUCAAGCAACCAAAUAUUAUCUGUAGCCAUGGAAAUAUGAUUACAAAUAUUUAUAUUGGAUUCUAAAUGCAAAAUGUCCCUGUGGUAGAAUUCAUAUUUUUAAUGCCUGGUGCAAUAUUAUUCCCAAGUGUAAUGCCUGCCAGAAGAAGCUAAUAAAAAUGUGAAAUACAGAA